GGACCCGGAGAUCCGUGGAGAGCGGAGAGCUCGGUCUGCACUGCCCACGCCGCUGGCAGCGAGGCUGUCUCCGGAAGGCGGACCGGCGCUAGCCCAGUACCCGCUCUCGGCUGCCCGCUGCUCUCCUCUGCGCCCCUGCCAAUCUCAUUCAGGACGUAGUGACCGGUUUUUUGUUUUGUUUUGUUUUGUUUUGUUUUUUUCUUAAUCACAAGGGCGUGGGUCAGCCUCCCCUAGGACUUCAUGUCUGUAUAUUUCCCCAUUCACUGCUCUGACUAUCUGAGAUCGGCUGAGAUGACCGAGGUGAUGAUGAACGCUCCAUCCAUGGAAGAGAUUGGUCUCAGCCCCCGAAAGGAUGGCCUUUCCUACCAGAUCUUUCCAGACCCAUCAGACUUUGACCGUUGCUGCAAGCUGAAGGACCGCCUGCCCUCCAUAGUGGUGGAACCCACUGAAGGAGAGGUGGAGAGCGGGGAGCUCCGGUGGCCCCCUGAGGAAUUCCUGGUCCAGGAGGAUGAGCAAGACAACUGUGAAGAGACAACAAAAGAAAAGAAGGACCAGUAGAGUCCAUGCAGGCUUGCCUGGGUCAUGCCAGCCAGCACACCUGAACUGUUUUUUCUCAUGGUGAUGGAAGAAGAGAGUGAGCCACAGUCAUUGUGAAAAUGUCAAAUGAGGCUUCCGUUUUGCACCUGAAAA